AGAAGGCGGAAGUGAAGCGGAAGCCAUUGCUCUCGGGAGGCGAUUGCGGCUAUACACAUGGGGAGAGGAGGCGUCCAUCGCGGCUUUCACCCGGUUGUUGGGGACUCUCCACUUCCCCGCUACAGACCGCACCUGCUGUAUGAACUUGACGUCCUUUCAGCGGCAGCUUCCGUGACCUCCAUUCCACCCAAUUCUAACGUCAGCCUUAUGCCUGCUCGAAGAGUCCCGUGACAGCGAGAGGGAAGCCUCCUGCUGCCAGUGCCCUAUUCUGGCAGAUUGACUGUCGUUCUCACAGGAUGGCAGCUCCUGGUCUGUCUCCCACGUGUGCUGCGUCCAUCCAGGACCCUGCCUAUAUCCAGGAGUCAGAGAUUCAUCCCUCCAGAGACCAUUCCUGUCCCCAGGAUGUGGACCUGUUUGCUUGCAGUGGCCUGGAGCCUCCUGUGCCAACCAGUGUGGGUUCUCAGGAGUCAGUGACUUUCCAGGAUGUUGCUGUGGACUUUACUGAAAAGGAAUGGCCCUUGCUGGAUUCUUCACAGAGAAAACUGUACAAAGAUGUGAUGUUGGAGAACUAUAGCAACCUUGCUUCAGUGGGGUAUCAGGUGGGCAAACCCAGCCUUAUCUCCCACUUGGAACAAGAAGAGGAGCUGAGGACAGAGGAGAGGGGACUUCACCGAGCCACAUCUCCCGAUUGGGAGACUCCAUCUAAAAGCAAAUGGUCCAUUCUCAUGGAAGACAUUUUUGGCAAGGAAACACCCCGUGGUGUGACAGUGCAGGAAAGAACACGUCUUGGGGAGAAACCCGCCGAGUACACUCACCUGUUUGAAGUCUUCAGCAUGGGCACCCACCUUACCCAGCAAAUGGGAAGGCACCCUGGCAAGAGGCCCUAUCACCGGCGGGACUGUGGAGCGGCCUUUAAGAACAGGUCGCCUCUAACCCAACACGUGAGCAUUUACAACGGGAGAAAAAUGCACGAAUGCCACCAGUGCCAAAAAGCCUUCACGACGAGUGCUUCCCUCACGCGGCACAGGAGGAUCCACACUGGGGAGAAGCCCUACGAGUGCAGCGCCUGCAGGAAAGCCUUCAAUGACCCCUCCGCCCUUCGGAGUCACGCACGAACUCACCUCACGGAGAAGCCCUUUGACUGUAGUCAGUGUGGAAACGCCUUCCGAACCCUCUCCUCCCUGAAGAUACACAUGAGAGUUCACACCGGGGAGAGACCUUACAAGUGUGAUGAGUGUGGGAAGGCGUACGGCAGGAGCUGCCACCUCAUUGCACACAAACGGACACACACUGGAGAGCGACCGUAUGAAUGUCACGACUGUGGGAAAGCCUUCCAGCAUCCCUCACACCUCAAAGAGCACGUCCGAAAUCACACUGGAGAGAAACCCUACGAAUGCACGCAGUGUGGGAAAGCCUUCCGAUGGAAGUCGAACUUCAACUUGCACAAGAAGAACCACAUGGUAGAGAAAACGUACGAGUGUAAAGAAUGUGGGAAAUCCUUCGGCGAUCUCUUGUCACGGAGGAAGCACAUGAGAAUUCAUAUUGUGAAGAAACCCAUCGAAUGUCGACAGUGUGGGAAGGCGUUCAGAAACCAGUCCAUCCUGAAGACGCACAUGAAUUCCCACACCGGAGAGAAGCCGUAUGGGUGUGAUCUGUGUGGGAAAGCCUUCAGUGCGAGCUCAAACCUGACCACACACAGGAAAAUACACACUCAGGAGAGACGCUAUGAAUGUGCCGUGUGCGGGAAAGUGUUUGGGGAUUACUUGUCCCGGAGGAGGCACAUGAGUACUCAUCUCGUAAAGAAACGUGUUGAGUGCAGGCAGUGUGGGAAAGCCUUCAGAAACCAGUCCACCCUCAAGACACACAUGAGAAGUCACACAGGAGAGAAGCCGUACGAGUGCGAUCACUGUGGGAAAGCCUUCAGCAUAGGCUCAAACCUGAACGUGCACAGGAGGAUACACACUGGGGAGAAGCCCUACGAGUGCCUGGCCUGCGGGAAGGCCUUCAGCGACCACUCAUCACUUCGCAGUCAUGUGAAAACUCACCGGGGAGAGAAGCUCUUUGUGUCUUCUGUGUGGAAAAGGCUCCAGUGAUGGCGUCUGCCUUCAGGGAAACACGAGAGCUCAGACGGGGCCCAGUUGGUGUCAUGGCUGGGAAAGACUUGUUUUUCCAUUCACGAGAACUCAUGCUAGGGGGCAAAACUAUACCUGUG